AUGUAUUUGGAAACUAGAAGGGCUAUUUUCAUUUUUUGGAUUUUUCUCCAAGUUCAAGGAACCAAAGAUCUCUCCAUUAAAAUAUACCAUUCUGAAACUAAAGACAUAGACAAUGCCCCAAGAAUCGAAACAACCGAAAGUACUCCAAAAAUGUACAAAGUGUCAACCAUGAAACGAAUAUUCGAUUUGGCCAAGCAUCGAACAAAAAGGUCAACAUUUUUCCCAACUGGAGUUAAAGUCUGUCCACAGGAAUCCAUGAAACAGAUUUUAGCCAGUCUUCAAGCUUAUUAUAGAUUGAGAGUGUGUCAGGAAGUAGUGUGGGAAGCAUAUCGGAUCUUUCUGGAUCGCAUCCCUGACCCAGGGGAAUACCAGGACUGGGUCAGCAUCUGCCAGCAGGAGACUUUCUGCCUUUUCGACAUUGGAAAAAAUUUCAGCAACUCCCAGGAGCACCUUGAUCUUCUUCAGCAGAGACUAAAACAGAGACACUUCCCUGAGAGAAAAGAUGAAAUAUCUACAGAGGAGACAUUAGGAGAGCCUGAUGAGACCCCUGUGUUUUCUACAGAUGCUGUCAGUGUCUCUCUUGGACCCUUCCCUCUCACUCUCGAUGACACACUCCUCAAUGACACCAAGAUGCCUACAAUAGAAAGUAAAGUAGAAUCCACUAAGAUAUCUGAGGGCCCACUGGAGCAGAAGGUAGAGCUGAGCAUCACUCUGACAAACCAGAGGUUUAAGGCAGAGCUCACUGACUCACAGUCCCCAUAUUAUCAGGAGCUAGCAGAAAAGUCUCAACUCCAGAUGCAAAAGGUAUUUAAGAAACUUCCAGGAUUCAAAGAAAUCCAUGUGCUAGGAUUUAGACCAAAGAAAAGAAGAGAUGGUUCAAGCUCCGUAGAGACACGAGUUAUGGCCAUCUUUACGAGAGACAGUGCAGAAGUAAAAAGACCUGCAAGUGACCACCUGUCUUUUGAUUCCAACAAAAUUGAGAGUGAAGGAGUCCCUCAAGGAAUGAUGGAGGAGGACAAGCAACCAGAAAUCUAUCUCACAGCUUUAGACCUCAAAAAGCUGAUCAGCCGAGCACUAGAGGAAGACAAAUCCUUGAAUGUGGAAACAAUUCAGUUCACUGAUGGUCAGUUGAUAGUCAAACUCAACACUGGACCACAUGUAAAGCAAGGGAAAGCAACAUCUGGGACCACAUGUAAAGCAAGGGAAUCUCCUAGGCAAGAGAAGGAUGCUACUUUGAGUCCAGAUCUUCCUCUUGGUCAAUCCAGGUUUGAGACAUUGGACAAAACAGGACACAGUAUACCUGACAGUUCUUGGUCUCCACCUGCUAAGGCCUCUGCUUCGCUAUCAGACACUCUACCUUUCUUCACUGCAUCAAGCAUCUUCUCUCUGACUGGUCAAAGUGCCACAGACAUAAUGCCCGUUGACCAGACAGUACUAAUCCCAGGACGAACCAUCCCCUCAGAUGACUAUUCUUCCAUCAGCCAAUCAGCUCUGGAAAUUUCACGUUCAACUGCAUCUUUAGGCAGCCAAGAUAUAGUGAGAGACUUAGACAUAAUGGAUCUAACUAACACUCCUGCCUCCUCUGAGGUACCAAGACUGAGUGGGUAUGUUUCUACCCCAGGUCUUUUCUUGGAGAACACCACUCCUACUCCAGCUUUACAGUACCUCACCACUAGCUCUAUGACCACUGCCACCAAGGGCCAAGAACUGGUCGUGUUCUUCAGUCUGCGAGUCGCUAACAUGCCCUUCUCCAACAACUUGUUCAACAAGAGCUCUCUAGAGUACCAAGCUCUGGAACAGCAAUUCACACAGCUGCUGGUUCCAUAUCUGCGCUCCAAUCUCACAGGAUUUAAGCAACUUGAAAUACUUAACUUCAGAAAUGGGAGUGUGAUCGUGAAUAGCAAAAUGAGGUUUGCUAAGUCAGUACCAUAUAACCUCACCAAGGCUGUGAAGGGGGUCUUGGAGGAUUUUCGUUCUGCUGCAGCCCAACAACUUGACCUGGAGAUAGACAGCUACUCUCUCGACAUUGAAACAGCUGAUCAAGCAGAUCCCUGCAAAUUCCUGGCCUGUGGCGAAUUUGCCCAGUGUGUAAAAAAUGAGUGGACCAAGGAAGCAGAAUGUCGCUGCAGACCAGGGUAUGAAGACCAGGGGCACCUGGACCACCCGGCCCCGGGCAUCUGUGCACCCAUAGAGGAAUGUGAGGUCAUCCAGCGUAAGGGAGCUCCGUGCAGGUCACCAGGUCACUCUAGAAAUCAAGCAUACAAAACUCGUGUUAAAAAGUUCCAACAGCAGCAAAAUAACAAGAUAAUCAGGAAAAGAAAUUCUGAAUUACUGACCAGAGGAUAUGAAGAAUUUAACUAUCAAGACGGGGAAGGAAAUUAA